UUAUUAAAUCAAUCCAAAUUCCACGGCAUUGAAAUUUCAGGGUACGCAGAGUUCCAAUAACUUAGCGAGGAACCUUGAAUCAUGCUUUGUCUGAAAUCUGAAUUUUUUCCGUAGGAAAGAGAAGAAAGAAAUCACAAAUCAGCGUAAAUUGUUGUUUUGUUUACGCGGACCUUUUUUAUUGUUUAUCAUCUCAUCUAACAUCACAUCACCUGGUUCGUCUCUCUCCUCUAUAACUCUCUCUUUUUAUACAUGUACAUCUCAAUUCUUACCCUAAAAACAAAUUAGAUCUGCAGAACUAUUUCAUUUGUGCAAAUAAGCAUCUGAUUUAUCGUAUUUUGAUUCUUUGACUACCAUUUUUACAUACUCGAAAGCUGUUGUUGGUUCUAUUUUCAUCUGGUUGUUUAGAUAUCUAUACCAUAUAAUAUAAAGAUGGAUGACAUGAAAGACAAGUUUAAAGGUUUCAUGAAAAAGGUGAAUACUCAAAUGACAUCUUCUUCUUCUGGUAAAUUUAAGGGGCAAGGCAGGGUUUUGGGUUCUUCAUCUUCAGGACCCACUAAUCCAAAUCCAAAUCUAAAUCUUAAUCGGGCUUCUUCAGGUUCACAAUUUGUUAAUACAAAUAAGAACUAUAACCCACCUUCUUCUGCUCAAUCAAAGCCCUUAUCUCAGAAACUACCAAGUUCUGAUCUUUCUGUGAGUAAACCCACCUCAUUUGAAGAUUCAAAGGCUUCAAUUCCAAUCUCAAAUGCAAUUCCAAAUUCUAAUCAAAAUAAGCCUUCUAAAGAUGGGUUUGAUCCAUUUGAAUCAUUGAUGACAUCAGGGAAUCGGAAUAAGAAUGGAUACUCACUUAAUGUGUUUGAAUGCCCGGUUUGUGGUUCCGGUUUCACUUCUGAAGAGGAUGUGUCAUUGCACAUUGAAUCUUGUAUUGAUAAGACAAACAAGAACGGCGGUGAUGGUAGUGGUGGUGGUGCUAGUGGUGAUGUUGAUGGGGUUGAUUUGGAUUUGGGUUCACUGGGAGUGGGUGAUGCUCAAAAUAAGGCCGAGACAACGAACAAAUUGGAAGCUUGUGUUGGUAUGUAUUAUUCAGGAAACCCAUCAGAAAGCUCAAUUGAUGUUAUAUUGAGGUUGUUAAGAAACAUAGUUAAGGAACCAGAGAAUCCUAAGUUCCAUAGGAUAAGGAUGGGGAAUCCCAAGAUAAGGGAGGCCAUUGGUGAGGUAACAGGAGGUAUCGAGUUGCUGGAAGUUGUUGGAUUUCAACUGAAAGAAGAGAGUGAAGAGAUGUGGGCUGUGAUGGAGACGCCUUCAGAAGAGCGCAUUCUGAUGCUCAAAGACUCAGUAAAGUUGUUGGAACAAGCAAAAGAUGCCGGAAGUUUGUCAUCUGCAUCUGUAGUAAAGGUAGAUGAGAAGUCUGAACUGGAGAAGAAGGAUAAAGAGAGUGAGCCUAAGAUGAUUGACCGACAAAUCAAGGUCUUCUUUUCAGUUUCUGAAAGUCUUGCAGCAAGGAUUGAGUUACCAGACUCUUUCUAUAAGCGGUCUGCUGAAGAGGUAAGAAGAGAAGCCGAGAUGAGGAAGAAAAAAUUAGCUGAAUCUCAGCUUCUGAUCCCCAAGUCCUUCAAGGAAAAGCAGGCUCAAGCAGCUCGGAAGAGAUACACCAAAACUAUAAUCAGGGUCCAGUUUCCUGAUGGUGUCGUUCUUCAAGGUGUCUUCUUUCCCAAGGAGCCAACUAGUGCUCUCUACGAGUUUGUGAGCUCGGCACUGAAGCAACAGGGAUUGGAAUUUGAGUUGAUUCAUCCAGUGCCAGUCAAACGGCGAGUGAUCCCAUGUUUUCCUGCACUGGGGAAGAGAGCAUCAACACUUGAGGAAGAAGAUUUGGUCCCUUCUGCCCUGGUUAAAUUCAAGCCAAUUGAGACUGAUUCUAUGGUAUUUACUGGCCUUACGAAUGAACUACUUGAAAUAAGUGAACCACUUGGUAGCAGCACAUCUUAAUAUUUACUGCAGUGUGAUUUACUCUCCCCGACUUGUCAUUAUAUUAUAGAUAUUCAGACCUUACAAGAUGUGAAUUUCGUGUUGGUAGACAAGUUUACAUAUUCGUGUUUGCUGCA